AUGGCGACUCACGAACGGAGAAGAUCUGAUAAUGCCGGGUGGCCAAAUUACAAAAUGACCAGAGCAGCAGCGAGCCACGCUGCAUCAUUAACUCUAGAAAGAACAAUUAAUCUGUAAGUUACCCUUUCAAAUCAAUGUCUCAGCCUGUCCCUUAAAUUUAUUUGAAUCCUCCACUUAGUUGAAAAGUUAGGCCUAUUCUUAACAAUUUUUUAUAGCUUUUUUUAAAAAGCUGAAAGAGAAUGGGACCUGCCUAAAACUAAAAAGUAAUUAUUAGUAGUACUAAAACUUACCUACUCACCUACUCAACUGAAAUCAUGUUAGUACAGUUUUUAGAUUUAGGGGCCUAGCAUCAGACUCACUAGUUAUUAUUAGUCUUUGCCAAACAUUGAACAACAUUGUUGCUUAAAAUUUUAAAAGAGUAAGACAGUAAUCAGUAAGAGUUUCAGUAAGAUUUUAUGAUUUACAGUUUUACACUCAAAAUAAAUCAGUAAGUGAAGGGCAAAAAGGCAGAGAUGAGACCUGUGAAAGAUGGGUUUCCUAGUGAGCAAUUUUGUUUUAAAUUGAUGGGUAUGAGAACGUAGUGUCUAAAUGUCCGACGACCGGACAUAUAAUUUCUUGAGAUAUUUGUCUGCUUACCAAGGGCCAAGUCACAUGACCGCCAUAACAAAGUUGCGCUAAAUAUUUGUCUGUCAGCCGUGUCACGUGACUGCUUAUAGUCAAUCAGAAAAAUGGCAUUGGAGAUUCAUGUGGGCGGCGAGUUAAAAUUAUUUCAACUAUUAAAAAAAUAAAUAAUGGGGGAGAGGGUAAGCAAUGCAUACUAGAAGGAAAAAAUAAUGAGAGCGAGAGAGAAAAGGUAAAAAAGAUAGUGAGGGAGAUUAAUAAUUAAGAUGGGGAGCUCGAUAGUUCACGAAGAAAUAGACCUUACAUCGUAAAAUAGGGCUGGUUCCCAUAGAAAUAAACCUUAAAUCUUAAUAAAAGUUAAUAUAGGGGCAAUAUAUUGUGGUGUUGGGGUAGCCUACUUCUCACGCAAUAGUAAUAGCCUAACUUUUUUGACGUAGGUCUAGUGAAACUCAACUGGCAAGUAUUGGUCUUAUUUCGUUUGGUUCAUAUUUUAAAUUUAGGCUACUAGGAAGAGCUUUAUAAGAUAUUAAAACCAAGAUAACUUGUUUUUUUUUUAAGAGUCGGAUUCAAAUAGACUAGCAUAUAGGCCUACUAGUAUUAUAAUAGUUUUUAUUCAAUGUUAAAAGCUUAUGAUACACUUUAUGUAUCUCAGAGCAUUUGAAAAUAUUAAUAUAAUCAGUAUUUAUUUAUUAUCUGGGAUCGGCAGACUAAUAUAUGACUACAAUAUUGGAUAUCAAAUGCAAUGCAACUAUUUUGCCGGUGACUUUUGUGACAUGACAUGUCCGCCAGAAAAAUAUCUCCCACUAGUCGUCCGGCAGUCACGUGACGUGUAGGCACUGCCAUUAUAAUAUUGUCAGUAGACUAGACUGAGUAGAUUGAAAUAUCUAAGAAAGUCUCUGCCCUGUCCUAAUUAUGGUGGGCAGUAUGAACAAAUCUGUAACUGAGACUAUGCGAGAGAAGGGGGAAAAAGCACGUUGUCGGCCGGUGUAGAUUUGAAUAAAUGACUAAAAUGGAGUUCACGGUAGGGCUGAUGAUGUCUUCCAUGGUAUAUAGUAUAGGUUAUGGAGGUUCCCCAAGUCAACUGCUGGCUAUGGUUCCACAUUCAAAAGAUUUUGAUUUUUGCCUCUGUAUUUAUUUGAUUUUUUUUUUGUUGAUAUUUUAUUUUUGUUUUGAAAGUUGUGAGAAGGGUCUAGGGCAGGGGUUCCCAACCUUUUUUUACUCUAGAGCACAUUCUAAAAUAUCGGUAGGGUGGCGGGCACCACCUAUUUUAAAUCGACAAACUCCUUCCAUAACUUGUCAUUUUCCCAUAAUUUAUUUUCUUAUAGUCAUAAUGUAUUAAUAAAUAAUAAACAAAAAUGUUUCAAAAUAAUAAAAUUAUUUGGCAUUUUUUUCAAAUUGCAUACACACAGAGAAAUGUAUUUACAAAACGUAAAGAAAGUAAACAAAACACACAAAUACAAAGAAAACAUUUAAUUAAAAAAUAUAAUAAAGUCAAUGUGAUCUUUGGCAUUGCAUUUCAUUGGCCAGAGCUUCAUAAUUAGGAGCGUAUGACGAUAAUCCUGUUAGCAGACAAUCAUAAAGAUGCUCAUCGGUGAGUCGAGACCUAUAUCUUGAUUUUAUUAAGUUCAUGUUUGAAAACAAUGAUUCGCAUAAAUAUGUCGAACCGAAAAAUGAUUCAAUUUUAUAUGCCGCUUUUUUCAACAAUGGGAACUUUUCUCUAUCCACUGUAUUCCAAAAGUCCUCUGACAUUAAGGAUUUUAGCAAAAUAUCAUUCUUAAGGUCCAAAAUUUCUAACUCUAGUUCUUCUGUCUUACCUUGAACAAAAUCUGCAAUACAUGCGGCUAUUUCCAUAACAUUUAUUUGGCAAGUAAAAGGAUUGAUACAGAAGGAAACUAUUGGCUCAAUAUGUUUAAACUGCAAAAAUCUCUCUUCAAACUGUUUUUUUAACUCUUGAAGAUGCUUAAUAAAUAAUGUCCCAUUUAAUUCAUUGUCACCUAGCAUUUUCUUCAUAUGUGGGAAAUGCACGAGAGAAUUGAUCUGCAGAUGUGAUAUCAACAAAUCCAAUUUAGCUUUAAAUGACUUUACAGAGCUUAUCAUUUCAGCUAUGCUUUUGUCUUUACCCUGCAACUCCAAAUUUAAAGAAUUCAAUUUUUCCAUGAUGUCUGUGAGAAAUCCCAAAUCAAUCAGCCAGCCAGAGUCAGCUAGUUCAUCAUAAUUUUCCUUUCUAUCGUUUAUAAAUGUUUUUAUUUCUUCAAUUAAACUCACAAAUCUUGUAAGAACCUUUCCUUUACUGAGCCAACGUACUUCAGUAUGCAGAAUAAGAUCAUGUUCUUUAUCUUCAGUAUCUUCUAACAGGGCCUUGAAAAGUCGGUGUUGCAAAGGAGCUGCUCGAAUAGAAUUGAUUAUUUUUGUAACUAUUUUCAUGAUGUGUUCAAAUGGCAAAAUUUUACAACACAGAGCUUCCUGGUGGAUAAUACAAUGGUAGGACAUGAAGUUUGAAAAUGAAUCAUCCUUCAUGCAGAGGGCAAUAGAUCCUUUGUUUUUACCCAUCAUUGCUGGCGCCCCAUCAGUGGUUAUUGCAGAAAGCUUGUGCAAAGGCAUAUUUAUUGACUUGGCGUAUGUUUUGAAUGUAUUAUAAAUAUCCUCACCCCUUGUCUGUCCUUUCAUAGGUAAUAUUUGUAACAUCUCCUCUUUUACUGUGAAGUUACUAAACACCAUUCUCACCAUAACUGCUAACUGUGCUGUGUCUGAUAUAUCUGUUGACUCGUCAAAUUGUAGCGAGAACCAGUCACAUAUUUCCAAGUCAGUUUUUAACUGAGUUUGUAUGUCUGUUGAAAUUGCAUGUAUUCUUCUUGUGACUGUGUUAUUUGACAACUGUAAGUCUUGUAUUGCUGAGACAAUCUCACGUUUGUUAGAAAAUCCAUCAAACAAACAAUCGGCACCAGUCAAAAAUAGUUCCUUAAACAACUCACCAUCAAUGAAAGGUUUCUUCUUUUUUGCGAGCAUGUGAGAUAUUUUGAAAGAAGCAAUAGUGGCCUUUUUAGAAUUUUCCACAUGUCUAGUGAAAACAGUCUGUUGUGCUGUUAGACUUGAUUUUAGAUUACAAAUUUGUUUCUUUCUUACUUCAGAUUUAAGAGGAUAAUUCACAUUAAAAGUGCCAUGAUUUGUCUGAAAGUGUCGUUCAACGUUAUGUUUUUUCGGCACUGCAAUGCUACUACCACACAACAAACAAACGCAUUCAACUGUAAGUCUUGUAUUGCUGAGACAAUCUCACGUUUGUUAGAAAAUCCAUCAAACAAACAAUCGGCACCAGUCAAAAAUAGUUCCUUAAACAACUCACCAUCAAUGAAAGGUUUCUUCUUUUUUGCGAGCAUGUGAGAUAUUUUGAAAGAAGCAAUAGUGGCCUUUUUAGAAUUUUCCACAUGUCUAGUGAAAACAGUCUGUUGUGCUGUUAGACUUGAUUUUAGAUUACAAAUUUGUUUCUUUCUUACUUCAGAUUUAAGAGGAUAAUUCACAUUAAAAGUGCCAUGAUUUGUCUGAAAGUGUCGUUCAACGUUAUGUUUUUUCGGCACUGCAAUGCUACUACCACACAACAAACAAACGCAUUUAUUUUUCAAAUUAACGAAACAAUAUGAUUCCUCCCAGUCAGUGUUAAAAUUAUAGGUUCGUUGUCUUUUACUUGGUCCACUCGUUUUAGGGCUAAAAUAAAUAAUAAAAAAAAUAAUAAUUGAACUACAAUAUAAUAUCAAUGUUAUAGCGCAAGUCUGUUCUGCAUUAUAUGCAUAAAUAUAUUAUAACAAGAACUAUAACUAUUUCCUCAAUAAUAAUAGUUUAUUAAUAGAUCAUCGCUUAUGAAUACAAUAAAUUACGCACCUCGCUUUUAGCCUGUUAAUUAUUUUUUUUAUAGAUAACUCCUAAUUCGUGUUUUGUCUGACGAACAUGUCUCUUAUCUAACUGUCGCGACCCGAACAGGGCAGCAAUCACAAUGGCAACAAUGCGGUUCCAGGCAGGGAAUGCUUUUUGCGCAUCACUCCAUGUACACGCGGAAAACCCGAAGUGAGCCGAUGAUCGCCGAAGCAAUCAGAGUUAUGUGAUUUGGCGCCUUCGGCGUUUAUCGGAUCAGUUCGUGGCGUUCGUUCCAUUCGUUCACUUCGGGUUUUCUGCGUGUACAAGGUGUGAUGUGCAAAUGGCACUAGCCGUUCCAGGCUAGCGUAAAUAAUGCAGUCUGGCUCGCCGCUAGACAAGUUGGGACAAGUAUCGAACAUAUUUAAUAAACCUAGGCAGUCAAAAAAAAAUUAAAACUCUAACAAAUGAAUAAAAAUAAAUCAUAUUUUAAAAUAAGGUUUAUGAAAAAAAUUCUGUCUCUGUCGAAUAGUGAGAGGCGGGCACAUACGAAUCGUUCCAUGGCGCCCGCGGGCACAUGGUUGGGAACCUCUGGUCUAGGGAGUGGUCUUCCCUCCCCAGAGAAAUAUGUUGAAAUGUCCCAAUAAAUUACAACAUUAUACUAAUAGUGAUAGAAAUGAAUAGCAUAUGGGUGCUUCAUUUUUCAACUAAUCGAAACAGCAUUUUUAACAAUGCACACACUUCACACACAUCUUUUUUCUGGUGUUCAUAUCGGCAGGAUGAGUUUAUUUUUAAAAAAAAAUUCUUUUGAACCUUGUAAGUUAAAUUUAAUAUUAGCUGUAUGGAUGGUUAGAUUUAGUUUAUGAAGUGGAUAGUUUUCCUUGAAAAAAGGGACAGUUAUCAUACACUUCGUUCAGGUCCAAUUGUUGGCCCUGUCACCUUAAGUCCAGUGUUGGGAUUCCCAAAAAUGACAUCACUGCACUUGAGAUAAGUCAACUCUUGGCAAAACCUAUGCCGCUAACUAGACUUUUACCCAAUAAAGCUGCUUAGUUUAUCCUGAAUUAGGCUUAGUAGACUUACUGUGAAAAUAAACGUUGUGCUCCAUCAGUUGCAUACUAUGCUUAGUUGCUUCUUGCUGUACCCAAAAUUGGCAUUUCUUUUAAAUCUCAAGCCGUAGACUAGGCCUAAACUUAGUUAAUUAUAUUAAAAUUAGGACCUUCUAUUUACAUUUAAUUUUAAGUACGCCCUAAUAAAAGCAUAAAUAAAAUAAUAAAUAGGCCUAUAUACUAUACUGUACUAUCAUUCCAAUCACCCCCAUUGUAAUUUUUUAAUUAAAAAUAAAUUACUGAAUUGAAAUAAUCCUGAAACUGUAGUUUUUUAGGCUUGCUAUAGUCUUAGGCUUAAAAAUGUAGUUACCACUAGGGGCAAACAGGUCUGCUAAUACAGUGGUCCCCAAAUGGCAGUCUGUGGACCUUCACCGGUCCGCAUGCCUAACGCUGCCGGUCCCCAUAACAUAAGUAUUUAUUGUCAAAUAGAAAUAAAAUUAUAAAAAUAAAUCAUGCACCGGUCCCUGGUAAAAUUUCGAAACUUGUUCACCCGUCCGCCAAACUUAAAUGUUUGGGAACCACUGUGCCAGUACACAAUUAUGAUAGUCACAUAUCCUAGGCAGGGGCUUCCAGUAGGCCUAAUUCUAGAAGAAGUCCUAGGUAGUUAGGCUAAAAUUUAACUGAAAAUGUUGGUGCAUACCUCUCCUGUCUUUACUCAUUCAUAAUCUACUAUAUCAGGAGAACCAAACUUAACAUCUCCUUAGUGUUAAUGUAACUGAGUUGUUUUUUUUGUUUUUUUUGCAAUGUCCCAUCUUUUUACUUCACUGACCACAGAUUUUUUUUCAUACAGCUUAGGGGAGCAUCAGAGAACCUAGAAGCAGCAUUUAUUUUAUUACAUUAUUAACAUUAUUAAUCUUUAUUAUGAAAAAAAAAGGGGAAUUUGCUUUGUCAGCACCAAGAGAUGAUAAAUAUGAUGAAUAAACUCUCAAGCACUUCUUUGAAUGUGUUUGCAGUUCUUAAAAUUCAUUGGUAGCUGCUGCCAUCAUUAGAGUCUCAUUUUGGUUUAGACUUGAUCUUGGUCAUCACAGAAAAUCAAUCUUUCCAGACUUUUAACCCUCCAGCCAUCAUUAGUACCUUUUUCCAUUGGAUAUGUGGGGAAAUACAUUAGAAGAAACAUUCAUCAUCCAGAUUUAAAUUGGUGGUACAUUCUCUGGUGAAGAGCCCUAUGUUGCAUAACUAUUAUUUCAAGCUGCUCUGCACCCUCAUCCCCUUCAUGUGACUGCAUCUUUGUGAAUAAAAUGGAAAGAUCACCUAUGAAUGAAUUUUCUCCACAACAGGUGCAUUAAGUGUCUUCCCCAUGCUCUGAGGAUUCUUACUCAUUGUGUGCCUCAUUAUAUUUGGCAGCACUUUUCUUACUGUUGAACCCGUCUAUCUUUUUUAUGAAUUUAUCGCCCCACUGGGAGCCAUACAAUAUAACAGAUUUUAUAGAUGGCCUAAAUUUAAUUGUAAUUUAUAUAUUUAUAGUUUUGUAGCUUAAGCUUGAUGCAGGGACUGUUUUACCUGAAGAUAAAACAAAAAUUUUCUGUGCCUGCUCCAGAGUUCUGGAAAAGUUUAUGUUUUUAGCACACUCAAAAAUCCUCAAAUUUAAAUUAUUUAUGUACCAAGUUUUAGAUUUGUUUUACACAGUGACCAAAUAUUUUCAUUAAAUUAAGGAUGUUACAGUGAUAAUCAGAUUAUCAAUUGUUUUUUUUUUUUUACAAAACUCUAUUCAAAUUUAUUUUGCAAAAAUAUUUUUCAUUACAAUCUACUACUAUAUUUGCUUACUGAUAACUGUCACAACACAAGAACAAUUUAAAAAAAAGAAGAUACUGUGAUUGUUGAAAUUAAAAAUAUAUUUAAAAAACAGUCUAUUACUGCAUUCUAAUAAACCCUUGUGACUUACAUUAGUGAGACUAAUUCAUUAGUAUCAUUUUAUCAUGUGGAAAAACCAGUUUGAAAACACAUUUUAUAAAUAGAAUGGAUGAUUCAUACAAAAAAAGGUUAACAGCAUAAAUCUAAUUGGGCAUCAGUAGUAAAGACAUGGUUCACUCCAUGCACUGAUCUUAGAAAAUUCCUUAGCAAAGAUGUUAUUUCAUUCAAUCCAUGGAGAAUAUCAUUUAUUGGCUUUACUUAAUGUCUCAUUAUUUAUUUAUUUAGGCAUUUUUAUAUAACGCUUACCUUAAAGCUCUAAGCGCUUUACAAUUAUUAAAAACAUGUAAACUAACUACAAUAAAAAUGAGACAUUAGGAUAGUAACUACUAUACUAUAGAAACAAUUAAAAUGGUUAUAUUCAGUUUUUUACACUAAUUUAAGGUAUUAAAUUAUUGUGUAUUUUUGUAAACUACUGUUUACUUAUUUUUACAUUCUGUUUCAUUGUAGAUCCAAUUUUUGGAACAAAAUUCAGGCAUUCGUAUAUUAGCACUUGAUUCAUAGCUUGAUUUUUCAUUUACAGUAACUCAACAUUGAUCAGUACACAGUUAAUUUGAUCUCCAUUUUAAGCACAGUUAAAGUGUUUGAAAAUCAAAAAUAUUUAUUAUCCUCUGUUAUUUUUCUGAGAUUCUAUUGACCAUGAAUUAUUAAUAUCAGAGCAGUUUGUUAAUUGAACCAAAGUGCUUUGGGAUCUCCGCAUGGCAAAGUCAAGCAAACUCCACUUUAUAUCAUUAGGUCUCAUUUUCUAAAACUCACAAAUAAGUUAUUUUUUGGAGUAGUUUGUUGCUAGACUUAUAAUUUCAUUAUGAUCCCACAUUCUUUUUAUAUUAUUUACUGUAAUAGAGAAUUGUGUCAGUUUCCACAGAGGCCUGUGAAUAACUUCUUGCACAAAAAUAAGUAUAUGUGACUUAAAUAAGUAAGUAUAUUUAAUUAUAUAUUACUUCUGCUUAUCUAACUUAAUAUUUUAACUCAUGAAAUUUGGGCUAUUUUUUUUCCAGCUAUCCACUAAAUAACUACACUUUUGGCACCAAAGAACCUUUGUAUGAAAAGGAUAGUUCAGUGCCUGCUAGAUUUCAACGUAUGCGUGAAGAGUUUGACAAGAUUGGCAUGAGGCGAUCUGUUGAAGGUGUCUUAAUUGUCUAUGAACACGGUUUGCCCCAUGUUCUACUUUUGCAGUUGGGUACAACAUUUUUCAAGCUGUAAGUCCACCAUUUCAACUCUUGGGGUGGUUUUCAUGUUAAGUUUUAUGCUAAUAAAUAAAUGAAAUAUACAUGCAUUUCUUAAAACAGAAAUUUUACAUAGUUAAAAUUUAUUUAAUAAGAAAGAAUGUAGCAAAAAGAAUAUGUUCUAAGAUACAAAAGUAAAACAUAAAUGAAAAGAUAGAAAUUAAAAUGCAUUCAAUCAUAGAUUUCCAACAAAGCUGAAAGAGGUGAAUGGUAUUUUAUGUUAUAUAAUAUGAGCAGUUUAAACAGCUUUAACUGUUCAAAGAGUAAUAGCUUAAUUAUAAUUAUUGUUUUUGUCCAGGCCUGGAGGAGAACUUAAUGCUGGUGAAGAUCAGGUUGAAGGACUUAAAAGGCUCUUGACAGAGGUGAGUGCUCUUACUUUGUAAACAUUAUUUUUCAUUGUAAACUACUUUUAUAGUUAAGAAAUUCCUUAACUUUCAACAAUUGUUUGCAAAUAACAUGAUUAAACUCUGUUGCUUAAUGACCCUGUUUGAAAAAUUACAUUUUUAAAAAUAAUUAUUUUAAAAUUAUUACAAGAAAUAUAUAUCCCUCUCAUUAAUCUGCUAUGAGUUAGCAUUAUUUUCUCCUUUUUUUUGUAAAAGAUAGUUUUUGAAAGUUCAGAGGCUUUCUGAUUUUUGAAUACCUUUAGUUAAAGUUAAAAUAAAUUACUACAAAAUACAAAAUUAAGAGUUAUUGGUUUCUAUAAUUGAAAAUGUAUAAGUUUAACUGAACUGUUAAACACACAAAAAAUAUUUAUAACAAGAUUAUAAUUGCUUUAUUUUUUUAAAUGAUCUCACGUUGAUUCUGUAUCUGAAUUAUAUAGAGUCAAUGUAAUGUGGUGUCUUGGAGUUGCUCUUAAUUUUCUGGCUAAAUUAAGAUUUUUAAUCCUUAUGUAUUCGUACAGACAUUGGGACGACAGGAUGGUGCUCCUAUGGACUGGGUUAUUGAAGACACAAUAGGAAAUUGGUGGAGGCCAAACUUUGAGCCUUCACAGGUUAGUGUAAGCUUCUUUUAAGAUAAAAAUUUCACUUACUUUAAAAAUUUGCAUCUCCUUUUAUUUGGUUGCAAAGUUGUAUAACAGAAUUGGGCACUUUUUCAAAUAUCAUUCAUGCCCAACUGUUUUUUUUUUAAUACAACACUGUACCCUCAGUAUUGCUGCACAGAUAAAGCUUGGAUAUGUUAUCAUGCUGGAAGAAUGAUUGCUCCACAAAUAGAUAAUGCUUUUUAAUAUCAGUAUCAACAUGGUUUCAUCGUUGGACCCAAAAACACAGCAUAAUACAAAAGGUCCAGUGUACAAAACUGCCAUAUCUACAAUUCAGCUAAAGGAAAGCUUUCUGGGUUAUCCUUAUCCAGGUUUCUUACAUAGCGCCUCCAUUGCACAUUUAUGCAGUUUCAAUAAUAUACUAGUUAUCUAUUCAUUUAUACAAAAUUGAAUUCUGUCCACCCACAUAUAAUCUUUGCCCAUGCUGACAUUGGUAAGCAAAUUCUAAAAGCUUAUGCAUUGUUUUCUAUAAAAUAAAGUACUAACAAACUUUAUUUAACAAAUAUAUAGUUAAACACCCCCACACCCCUUAUAAAAAUCCUGUCAUUCAAAUUAAUUUGUUCUUUUCAAUGGUUGUAGCAAAGGGGUGGGAAAACUGCUUGCUCCUGUCAUAGAGAAAACCUUUUUUUUUUUCUUCCACAGUAUCCCUACAUCCCAGCACAUAUCACCAAGCCUAAAGAGCAUAAGAGACUUUUCCUUGUUCAGCUACCUGAAAAAGGUACAAAGUUAUAUAAAAUAUUGAUAAUCUUUACAUUUAAACAUCUUUUUCUUGCCAUGCUUCUUUCUCUUUACUUGUUCAUCUUUUGGUGGUUUUCUCAGUAGUAGUGAGCCAUAUAAAAACUGGGCAUAAAUGGACUGGUGCUUGGUUUACCAUGACUUUAUGCAAUUAAUUGUAACAAAUAAAUAUUUUAUUUCUUUUUCUAAGGACACUCCAAUUUUGUAUGUAACUUGUAUUGUAUAUGACUGGGGGAGGAAGCAAGACCAGAGGGAUGGAAACAAAUGUGGUACAGUUGGACUGUCAGCAUCAACAUAAGAUAAUAGGGGAAAAUUAAUGAUGACCGAUCCGAUUGGCCUACAGGGUCAGCAGGCGAAAAAAAUGCCCUAAGGAUGGCCAAAGAAAACAAUCAGUUAAUGUUCUACUGUGAAAAAUGUAGUUGAGACUGCCACUCCUAAAUCUGUCUCAGAAGCCACACUUGGUGAUUUAAAUAAAAAGAGGCUGCACCAUAUCUCGCAGUUGGAUGAAUGGGUGCAGAUGAUAUAAUAUAUCAAAUUAAAUUAUUGUUCGUCCGCCGAGGACCAUCGAGUCAUCUGGUGACUGAUGACUUGCGCGGGUGACUUUGUUUGAAGUGAAGAAGAGUUGCGCGGCGUCUACCUCACUCUCUCGUCCGAGCCCACCAUAUCCAGUGGCAAGACUCUACGUCAAGACGACCAGGGAUGGGUUCGGUUGCAGGAAUUCAGAUUUCCUUCUCUUAGAUGAGUUGCCGACCAAGGUUAAUGAGUCUCAUCCACCCGGGUGGAUUAAAUUAAAUUAAAACGGAGAGAACCCCUACAUUUUUGCUGAAGGUCCUCAUAGAGGGAGUCAGAUUUAUGCUGCAAUCCAAAUGAUUAAUAUAACCAUCCUCUUUUGAGCAUGCUCUAAUCAUGUUUUCUGUCUUAACUACAGUGGCACCCUAUGAUUUGUUUCAUAAAUAAGCAGUCCUUCAAAGCACUUUGGUGAAUAUUGCUUUUGCAUAGCCCUUCUAGUAUAUUGAAGAUAUAAGUCUCCCCAGGCUAUAAUAUGAAUUCGAAAUUCUACUUGAAUAUAUUUUUUUCAGCACUUUUUGCUGUCCCACGUAACUACAAGCUUGUGGCAGCACCCCUGUUUGAACUCUAUGACAAUGCAGCAGGUUAUGGUCCAAUCAUUUCCAGUCUACCCCAGGCACUAGCCAGGUUAGUAAUGUAUUAA